AUGGAAGCCACAGAAACCGAUCGAACCAUGCCCCUGAAGCCAAAACAUAUGGGCAAUGACACGCAUCCGCCCACUAAGCGACGUGUCCUGACCCCUGCCAGAAGAGAGCAGAACCGACUGGCCCAAAAGGCAUACAGAGAACGCCAAAAGGAAGAGAGAAAUAUCACAAAAGAGGUCAUUGCUCGAGCAAGAAGUAAUAACCGGCCAAGACCACUUCUGAAGCGACGAGUCCCUUGCUCCAAAGACCAACAACUUAUUCCCUUCAACGAUACCUCAUCAUCGGAUGAAACAGACUCUGAUAUAUCAUCAAGCUUUCCCGAUGUCUAUGUCAACAUGCUUCAGUUCUUCCCAACAGCCUUCUUUGGAUCUUGCCUCGCCAAUGCAGAAUCACUGGGCUUCGAUCUCAACCUUGUCGCAGACUGCACCGCAUAUAAUUUCUCCCCGUUUCAUCAACCCAACCUCUCCUCCAUUGUCGAUUACUCAACCCUUGUUCAAAAAGGCUCAGACUUUCUCUCCACCUUUGCCAAUUCUAGUGUUCCUAUUCAUUUACGACCUACAAUGGCACAGGUCCUCAUUCCACAUCAUAUCAGCUUAGAUUUAAUACCUCUCCCGUUCCUGCGCGAACGAGCCAUCAUGUUAUCCGCAGCGUUACCAGAUACUUUCAACGGCUGGGAGCUAAAACUUGAUGUUUAUGAAAGAGGGGGUCUAGUAACAUGGAAGUUGGGGUCUGGAAAGGGGGAGAAGACCAGGGAUAGUUAUCCACCUUGGGACAUGAAGAGUUGGGAGGCUACGCCGUGGUUCUUAAAUAAGUGGUGUAACGUUGCGGGAAAAGAGUACGAGGAAUUCAAUCAGCAAAGUAUUGGUUGGCAAGUGGUACGAGACAUGAUAGCCUUUAAAGAUUCACGAGUAACGAGAGCAUGA